ACUCACACAGCCGAUUCAGAACCAACCAAUCAUGUGUGAUAGUCCGAAUCUUCAUUGCAACGAGGAACAUUGGAUCGUGGAAGAGCAAACCACAGAACAAAGCGACCAAGAAUCAUUACCUUUUGUUCACUAUCGAUUCAUGAAACAAGAGAAGCUUGAAGAGGAGGAAGAAGAAGAAGAUGAGCUUGCGCUUCAAACCCUCUUGUCCAGAGAAGAGCAAGCACAUUACGAGCCGCUAUUUCGCAGUUACCAAGAUCAUCUUCAAGAGGAUUUGGCUCUCGACGGGGAUCGUCGAGAGGCGAUCAAGUGGAUGAAUCGAGUGUGUCGACGCUACGCAUUUUCUUGCUUCACGGAGAUCCUGUCGGUUGACUAUUAUGACCGGCUUCUCGCGAACAUUCGGGUUGCGGAAAUGAAACCAUGGAUGGUGCAGUUGGUGGCUGUUGCUUGUCUCUCUUUGGCUGCAAAAGUUAAUGAGAUCCAUGUUCCAACUCUUUCAGCUCUUCAAGUUGAGGGACCAAGCUACAUGUUUGAGCCUAAGACAGUCCAAAGAAUGGAACUCUUAGUGCUCUCUACGCUCGAUUGGAGGAUGAACCCGGUCACUCCAUUUUCCUUCCUAAAUCACAUCAUUGGAAGGCUUCACUUUCACACCAGCUCACAAAUGGAUCAAUUCUUGACCUUGUUCGAGCUAUACCUUCUCGCUCUCCUCUCCGAUUCGAGGUUUCUCCAUCACCGGCCUUCGGUGAUUGCAGCAGUGGUGACUUGCCGUUCAAUUGAGAAGAUGCGAUGUGAGGGCAUUCAGAUCGAUUGCUACCGGAAUGCUCUUCGCGAUAGUCUCAAGUGGAGUGAGGCCGGGGGGACGUUCGAGGAGUGUUAUGAGUUAGUAGGUGAAUUGCAAUUUAAAAGUGCCGAUGUGAGUUGUCAUUAGACAAUAGAGGCGGAGAAUUACAAGUUGCGUACAAUAUCAAUUUCAAAAUACGGUUUAAAAGUCAUAUGAAUCGAGUUUGCGACGGGGCAAACGCCUAUCAAAACAGGCCAAAGCGUUUGAAAGCGCUCUAGCUUCUGGGCAUCAUUUUUCAUAUUCAGUCGUACACCAUUGUCUUUAUGUUCUUGUAAACAUUCUGAUUGUUCCAAUGAUCACAAACUUGUGUUCAUUUCGAAUCGAGUGGAAACUUCUGAGUCAUAAU